CUCUUUCUCUCUCAGCGCGACGCUCCUCAGCGGCAAGAUGGCGGCGGCGCAGCCGGAGUCCCGCGACGGAGCCGCGCAGUCGGCGAAGCCGGCGUCCGAAACUGACCCCCUCAGCCGCUUUACGUGUCCCGUGUGCCUGGAAGUGUUCGAGAAGCCCGUGCAGGUGCCCUGCGGACACGUCUUUUGCUCUGCAUGCCUGCAGGAAUGUCUGAAGCCGAAGAAGCCUGUCUGUGGCGUGUGCCGCAGCGCUCUGGCGCCUGGCGUCCGGGCUGCGGAGCUGGAGCGGCAGAUCGAGAGCAUAGAGACCUCUUGCCAUGGCUGCCGUAAGGAUUUUGUCCUAUCUAAGAUCCGGGCCCACGUGGCUUCAUGUUCCAAAUACCAGAGUUACAUCAUGGAAGGUGUAAAGGCCACUACCAAGGAUGCAUCCCUUCAGCAGAGAAAUGUCCCAAACCGAUACACCUUUCCUUGUCCUUACUGUCCCGAGAAGAACUUUGAUCAGGAAGGACUUGUGGAGCACUGCAAACUCACUCACAGCACGGAUACCAAGUCUGUGGUUUGUCCCAUAUGUGCCUCGAUGCCUUGGGGAGACCCCAGCUACCGCAGUGCCAACUUCAUGGAGCAUAUCCAGCGCCGCCACCGCUUUUCCUACGACACUUUUGUGGAUUAUGAUGUUGACGAAGAUGACAUGAUAAACCAGGUGUUACAACGCUCCAUCAUCGACCAGUGAACAGGGUCCUGGCUGUCCACUGCACUCUAGAGCUUCCAUUAUGCACUAGGUGUGAGCCCUUGCCUCUUGUACCUCACACGUAAUGCAGAUGUGGAAUUGAGCCAUGGCACCAGACAGGGUCACUUCCAGGGUGACGGGGCCCUAGGGCAGAGAGAGCCCUGUUUCCUCUGGGCUCUUGUCAGCAUUGUCUUCCCCACUGAUAACCUUGUUUGUCCCAUGGUCUGCUUUUACUGCACCUCAGCUACUGCCUCCUUUAAGAAGAGUCCAACUGCUUCUCCCACACAAUCUUCCUUCACAUUCAUCCUGUUGUCCAGUGUUCUCUCUCAGGUCCUCCUAGCCAGUCAGGACCGUCCCUGGGCAGUGACUAGCACAAUAAAGCAGGGACUCCUCCUUCCCUUGGCCCUGAGGUACCUUGGUUCUGCGGUUUACUGGGCCAGGGCUCUGCUCCUCUUCUCCUGGGUGACAUAGCAGUCUGCUGAUGGGGGAAGUUUUGGUUACUGCUGUUUCCCUACACCCGCACCUCCAUCCGUAUACCUGAUGGCUUCUGUCCUAAAUGCCUGACGGUGCCUUUUUAGGACAAGGUGUCACCAUAGAGUUGUAGUGAAGAUGCUGGGUAGCGAAGAUGGGUGUGUUCAUCUCUGAGUAGAGAGAAGGUGGAGAGGUGGCCUUUUGCUUUUCUUUGAUGCCGAUGAGUGUUCUCAGGUGGCUGUGUUGGGUGCCCUCUGUUGAGUGUCUGCUGACAUUUCCUGCUCUGAGAGUGUAUUGGAGGGAGGCUCUGACUGCUGUGCUGCUUAGUAACUUACUGGACCUGAGCAGUAUCGCUGCCUCCCUGGGCAAGCCUGCGUUUUAACCCUGCCUUUCAGUCUGGAAGCCGUGGUAAAGCUGGGUCAUGUCCCUGGGAAGUUAAGAAAGUUAGGCCUCUGCGCAGGAGGGAGGGAGGGGUCUGCUGCAGGCUUUCCUGAGCAGUAGCUGGGGAUGCAGCACAUUAGGACACCACUGGUCUAACCACAGAGCAGACCCUCAGACAGACUAGAGCUUUGGGGUGAGUUCUUUCCAGCCAUGUGGCUCUGGUUUGUCCGAGACUGCAUGCAGCAUUGUGCUUCUGACUCCACACCUCCACAGUGGCAUCUCUGCCUGCCAGGGCAAAGCCAGCUCAGAUGCCAGCAGUCAGUCCAGGAUUGUUCUCCCAACGUCCCUGCUUCACUGUACUCUGGAAAGGUUUGCUCAGGAGAUGUAUGGAGGGAGGUUUGAUGAGACCUUGCCCUGAGGAACUGAGAAAGGCACAGCUGUGCCACAGUGCAGCAGGAGCCUCUUGUCCUGCAUCACACUCGCUGUUUCUAAUGAAAUGACUUUCCGGAAGGGUGGCUAUGUUCUGGCUUUUAGAAGGUGAAAUAUAAAUAAAUUUCAUAAUUUAUGCAACCA